GCAUCAUUUCCUGUGCGCUGGAUGCUAAUUGGCUUAGCGGUCGGAAGUGAGGGCGGGCGGUGGGCCCGUUGCCGCAGUGACAGUGCUGGGGGAGUCCGAAGAUGGCGGCGUCGCGUCGCUCUCAGCAUCAUCACCACCAUCAUCAACAACAGCUCCAGCCCGCCCCAGGGGCUUCGGCGCCGCCGCCACCACCUCCCCCCCCACUCAGCCCCGGCCUGGCCCCGGGGACCACCCCAGCUUCCCCAACGGCGGGUGGCCUGGCCCCCUUCGCCUCCCCGCGGCACGGCCUAGCGCUGCCGGAGGGGGAUGGCAGUCGGGAUCCGCCCGACAGGCCUCGAUCCCCGGACCCGGUUGACAGUACCAGCUGUUGCAGUACCACCAGCACAAUCUGUACCGUCGCCGCCGCUCCCGUGGCCCCGGCGGUUUCCGCUUCAUCUGCCGUCGGGGUCGCUCCCAACCCAGCCGGCGGUGGCAGUAACAAUUCACCGUCGUCCUCUUCUUCCCCGACUUCUUCCUCAUCUUCCUCUCCAUCCUCCCCUGGAUCGAGCUUGGCGGAGAGCCCCGAGGCGGCAGGAGUUAGCACCACAGCAACAUUGGGGCCUGGGGCAGCGGGACCUGGGCCAGGGGUCCCAGCAGUGAGCGGGGCCCUACGGGAACUGUUGGAGGCCUGUCGCAAUGGGGACGUGUCCCGGGUAAAGAGGCUGGUGGACGCGGCAAACGUGAAUGCUAAGGACAUGGCCGGCCGGAAGUCUUCUCCCCUGCACUUCGCUGCAGGGUUUGGAAGGAAAGAUGUCGUAGAACACUUACUACAGAUGGGUGCUAACGUCCAUGCGCGUGAUGAUGGAGGUCUCAUUCCACUUCAUAAUGCCUGUUCUUUCGGCCAUGCUGAGGUUGUAAGUCUGUUACUGUGCCAAGGAGCUGAUCCAAAUGCCCGGGAUAACUGGAACUAUACCCCUCUGCAUGAAGCUGCUAUCAAAGGGAAAAUCGACGUAUGUAUUGUGCUGCUGCAGCACGGAGCUGAUCCAAACAUUCGGAACACUGAUGGGAAAUCAGCCCUGGACCUGGCAGAUUCUUCAGCAAAAGCUGUCCUUACAGGUGAAUACAAGAAAGACGAACUCCUAGAAGCUGCUAGGAGCGGUAAUGAAGAAAAACUAAUGGCUUUACUGACUCCUCUCAAUGUGAAUUGCCAUGCAAGUGAUGGGCGAAAGUCUACCCCUCUACAUCUAGCAGCAGGCUACAACAGAGUUCGGAUAGUGCAGCUGCUUCUCCAGCACGGAGCCGAUGUGCACGCGAAAGACAAAGGUGGACUUGUGCCUCUUCAUAACGCAUGUUCGUAUGGUCAUUAUGAAGUCACAGAACUGCUACUAAAGCAUGGAGCCUGUGUUAAUGCUAUGGAUCUCUGGCAGUUCACUCCACUCCACGAGGCUGCUUCCAAGAAUCGUGUGGAAGUCUGUUCUUUGUUACUUAGCCACGGUGCCGACCCUACAUUAGUCAACUGCCAUGGCAAAAGCGCCGUAGAUAUGGCUCCCACUCCUGAGCUGCGGGAGCGAUUGACUUAUGAAUUUAAAGGUCAUUCUUUACUACAAGCAGCCAGAGAAGCAGACCUAGCCAAAGUCAAAAAAACACUUGCUUUGGAAAUCAUUAAUUUCAAACAACCACAGUCUCAUGAAACUGCGCUGCACUGUGCUGUGGCCUCCCUGCAUCCCAAAAGAAAACAAGUGACAGAACUAUUACUUAGGAAAGGAGCGAAUGUUAACGAAAAGAAUAAAGAUUUCAUGACUCCCCUGCAUGUCGCAGCAGAACGAGCUCACAAUGAUGUCAUGGAAGUUCUACAUAAGCAUGGAGCAAAGAUGAACGCACUGGACACCCUUGGUCAGACUGCUUUGCAUCGAGCUGCCCUCGCAGGUCACCUGCAGACUUGCCGCCUCCUGCUGACUUAUGGCUCUGAUCCUUCCAUCAUCUCCUUACAAGGCUUUACAGCCGCGCAGAUGGGCAACGAAGCCGUGCAGCAGAUUCUAAGUGAAAGUACACCUAUACGCACUUCUGAUGUUGACUAUCGACUCCUAGAGGCAUCUAAAGCUGGAGACUUGGAAACUGUGAAGCAACUUUGCAGCCCUCAGAAUGUGAACUGCAGAGAUCUGGAGGGCCGGCAUUCUACCCCUUUACACUUUGCGGCAGGCUACAAUCGCGUGUCUGUCGUCGAGUACCUUCUACACCACGGUGCCGAUGUCCACGCCAAAGACAAAGGUGGCUUGGUGCCCCUACAUAAUGCUUGUUCAUAUGGACACUAUGAGGUAGCUGAGCUUUUAGUAAGGCAUGGGGCUUCUGUCAAUGUGGCGGACUUAUGGAAAUUUACCCCUCUGCAUGAAGCAGCAGCUAAAGGAAAAUAUGAAAUCUGCAAGCUCCUUUUAAAACACGGAGCAGAUCCAACCAAAAAGAACCGGGAUGGAAAUACACCAUUAGAUUUGGUAAAAGAGGGAGACACAGAUAUCCAGGACUUGCUGAGAGGCGAUGCUGCCUUGUUGGAUGCUGCCAAGAAAGGCUGCCUGGCAAGAGUGCAGAAGCUGUGUACCCCGGAGAACAUCAACUGCAGAGACACCCAGGGCAGGAACUCAACCCCUCUGCACCUGGCAGCAGGCUACAAUAAUCUGGAAGUAGCUGAGUAUCUUCUGGAGCAUGGAGCAGACGUUAAUGCCCAAGACAAAGGUGGUCUAAUUCCUCUUCAUAAUGCAGCGUCCUACGGGCAUGUGGAUAUAGCAGCAUUAUUGAUAAAAUACAACACGUGUGUAAAUGCCACCGAUAAGUGGGCAUUUACUCCUCUUCAUGAAGCAGCCCAAAAAGGAAGGACCCAGUUAUGUGCCCUACUUCUGGCCCAUGGUGCGGAUCCCACUAUGAAGAACCAAGAAGGUCAGACACCUUUAGAUCUGGCAACAGCUGAUGACAUAAGAGCUUUGCUGAUAGAUGCCAUGCCCCCGGAGGCCCUGCCUACCUGUUUUAAACCUCAGGCCACCGUAGUGAGUGCCUCUCUGAUCUCACCAGCAUCCACCCCCUCCUGCCUGUCUGCUGCCAGCAGCAUCGAUAACCUCACCGGCCCUUUAGCGGAACUGGCAGUAGGAGGACCGUCCAACACGGGGGACGGGGCAGCGGGCGCAGAAAGGAAGGAAGAAGGCGAGUUUGCGGGUCUUGACAUGAAUAUCAGCCAGUUCCUAAAAAGCCUUGGUCUUGAGCACCUUCGGGACAUCUUUGAAACAGAACAGAUUACACUAGAUGUACUGGCUGAUAUGGGCCAUGAGGAGUUGAAAGAAAUAGGCAUCAAUGCAUAUGGACACCGCCAUAAAUUAAUCAAAGGAGUAGAAAGACUGUUAGGUGGACAACAAGGCACCAAUCCUUAUUUGACGUUUCACUGUGUUAAUCAGGGAACUAUUUUGCUGGAUCUUGCUCCAGAAGAUAAGGAAUACCAGUCAGUAGAAGAAGAGAUGCAAAGUACGAUCCGAGAACACAGAGAUGGUGGCAAUGCCGGUGGUAUCUUCAACAGAUACAAUGUCAUUCGAAUUCAGAAAGUUGUCAACAAGAAGUUGAGGGAACGAUUCUGUCACAGACAGAAGGAGGUGUCUGAGGAGAAUCACAACCAUCACAACGAGCGCAUGUUAUUUCACGGGUCUCCUUUCAUUAAUGCCAUUAUUCAUAAGGGGUUUGAUGAGCGACAUGCGUACAUAGGAGGAAUGUUUGGUGCCGGGAUUUAUUUUGCUGAAAACUCCUCCAAAAGCAACCAGUAUGUAUAUGGGAUUGGAGGAGGCACAGGCUGCCCCACACACAAAGAUCGGUCAUGCUACAUAUGUCAUAGGCAAAUGCUUUUCUGUAGGGUGACCCUUGGAAAAUCCUUUCUGCAGUUCAGCACCAUGAAAAUGGCUCAUGCCCCUCCAGGACAUCACUCAGUGAUCGGGAGACCAAGUGUGAACGGGCUGGCAUACGCCGAGUAUGUCAUCUACAGAGGCGAGCAGGCGUACCCUGAGUAUCUCAUCACGUACCAGAUCAUGAAGCCAGAAGCUCCCGCUCAGAGCGCCACAGCCGCCGAGCAGAAGACCUAGUGAACGCCCACGGGGAAAGGCCACAGCGGAUUUGAACUUGGGACUGGAUUACAGUGGAUUGUUGCCAACAAAAUCAAUAUUCCAUAAAUCCCAGACAGCUAGAAAGAAGCUGUCUUUGACAAAGCGUUGCGAUAGUGAUGAGGAGAGUAUGAGCGACUGACCCGUACUCCACUGCUACUGUUCUCUUUGAGGAAAUGUUUACAGGGGCAGCCUUUGACCAUAUCUCAGGCUCAUUUGCGUUGCAGUCGUCCGUUUCCAAAACAAGAUCGCUUUAAUCUAGGCUUGGAAAUGGGGGGUAAAAAAACCCAUAACCAAUACUUUCCCAAAUUUCACACUUCACACACUACAUUUGCUUUGUUCCAUAUGGCACGUGUAUGUAAAAAAUGUAUACAUAUGAUAGGCUCAUUUUUAGUUGUUUCUAAACAUGCAUCAUUGUCUUUUUUUAUCUUUUCUUCUUUUCAUUUUUUUUUAUUUGUUUGUUUACUUUGAAAAUGAGCCAGAGCCUUAUUGAGGAUAUUUUGCACAGAGUCACACUGACUAAAAUCAUUAGCAAUUCAACCGAAGCUUCUGGAUGAGCAAGACUUAGUUUCCCCUUAGUUUUCACUUGGAUUUCUUUUGUAUCCGUACUUCUUAUCAUUGUAAAUUGGGACAGGAAGGAAAACCAUCACGUUUUAGCUUCUUUUUAUGAAUUGGCCAGUCUUCCCAGGGAAAGGCACAAAGGUCAGCCUGACCGAGGAGCUCCCCGAGUUCAGAGAAGUCGAAGCCGCUGAGGGCCCCUUGCUGCUCCUCAUCACAGCCUGCCCUGGAGGCGUUCAGGCCAGUGCCAGAGACCCUGGAGGGAAAGGUUGGAGUGACCGGCCCAGGCUCAUGAAACCGCCACACCGGGGGAGGGCUGGGGCGGGGGGAGCAGCGCCCAGACGAGCAGGGAGCGCGUGGUUCCCGGAGGCCGCAGCAGGGAAGGAUCACAGGGCCGGCUCGAAAGGUCGUCCUCUGCGCUUCGCCUGACCACCUCCUCGUCGUCCCCAACAUUAGCUGCCUUAUUGCCAAAUUCAGUGGAAUUUUCGUACUUCAUGAGAGUCACGAUAAUCUUUAUUGUUUCUCCGAUGUCGAAAGCUAGGAUUCACGUCCUCUCUAGGAAGUAGGUGUGCGAGAGCUUCGUGUCUUCUCCAGGUUUGGGGGUUACUUGGAGGGAGGUGCUUCGAAUAGUUUCUGUAGGUCCCGGCUCUGCAUUUUCAUACCAUUUCUUCCAAUCUCUUAACAGACAAGGAGAACAAAAACGGAAACCAAAGCUCUCUCAGUUAUUUUUGUAAAGGAAGGUGGAGAAAUACUCGACUGUUUCUUCAGGAAGUUGCCACUCUGUUUCGCGUGUUGUAAUCAACAUCUGCCCGGCGCACAUUGUCGCUUUUGAAGGAUGAUCCAUUGCACACCUCACACUGGCCCUUUGCAUCUUAACUGAACAGCGAAUUGGCUGCAUUAAUUUAUUUACUUUGACACGCUGUGCAUCUGCUCAGCUUUGAAGCAAAAAGAACAUAAAUAUGUGGUUUAAAAAAAAGAAAAAGGAAAAACAGUGUGAUGCAAACCUGCGAUUUCAACUUGAGGUUCCAAAAACUAAUUUGUGUUUAAAUGCAGGCUGAUUAAGCCAUGACCUCACUUAAUCUCCUAAAGGAAAAUAAAAUGGUGACAGGCAAAAAUUCUAGAAUAGGCUCUUAAAAUAUACAUUUAGCUUUCUUUUGGGCUUGAGUCCAACGCUAGAACUAGGCAUUGGGAACUAGUUUGAGUUUUGUAGCAGAAUCUUGCAUGGGUCCUCAACAUGAAAUCAAGAAUUAGCCUCAGUUGUUGCUUCUAUUGAAGUUUUAGUGACCCAAGCUGGGUGUUUGUGUCUUGGCUACUUGUUUAAUAGCAGUAGAAUUCCAUGCGAAGCUUCCGAGUUUCAUUUUGGUUAAGAGAGCUUUUUUUCCUCCUUCCCUUCCUUUUUUCGCUGUGUGUAACAGUGGGUGGAAGGAAUGGCAUCUGUGGUUUGCAGUAGCUGGGAAAGUGUGUAUUACUUGCCUCCCCACUUAGAUAUAGUUUAAAAUGGUAAACACAGCUGUGAUUUCUAGUUCAGUAAGAGGGUGAACAUGGGAUAGGUAUCAAAGCUUCAUAGCUUUAUUAAAAAGAUAAGCCACUAUUCGACUGUGGUUUUAUGUCGUUUCCAUCAUACUAACUAGAUUCAUGGAUAUUUUCGACUUCAGCCUUACACUUGGGAAGUUAAACUGUGGUGCAGUAUUUAAACUGCCGAUGUUACGUAUCUGAUGUUCUGUGUGCCGAGUAAAGGUACUGUGUAAGGAAGACAUUUGCAGUGCUUCUUGUCUUGUGAUGAUUCGAGUGUAUAGUAGUUAUUGAAAGAAUGUGUAUAUAUUAUUCAUCUGCUAAAGAGAAUGGGUUAAUUGAUCUUUCACAGGAGCCAAAUACAUUUUUUUCAAAACUUGAAAACCAAAGGUCAUCGUGAGUGCCCGCAAGGUAGUGAAAGUUGGAACUUGCAUCUCUAGCAGUGCGAAAAACCCUUUGGAAUAUAAAAGCAUGGCAUUAACUUAGGCCAAAAUCCAUUUCAUUUCUUGUAAAUGCAGUAUAUAGGAGCACUAGCAAGUUGAGGAGUUCCAGUAUGGCCUCCCCUGAAAUGGCCAGCGUGUUUCCCAAACCAAACGCUGAGAGAAUCUGGACACCUCCACCACUUUACUGCAGUUCUAAAAUCAAAUCUUCUAGACCCGGUGGUUCCAGUUGACUGGGUAUGGCCAGCUGGGUUCUUGAGUCCUAAAUGAAGCGUAAGUUAAGGCUCUGAGCUGGACGCUUUCUCCUCGUACUUGGCCGCCUUCCCUUUCCCCCACGUUGCUAGUCUGGAAUUACAAUUCGCUCCGGUAGUUACCUUUGACCCCAUUCAUUUUCCUCCUUUCUUCUUGAGUCUUGCAAAAGGAGACUGGACCUCUGUUUCCAUAUCACAGCCAGAACCGGGUAUUGGGCCUCAUGUGCUUUGCUCUGAAGAUUCUGCCAAUUUGUUAACAAAUGACAGCAUGGAAACCAGAGUUUUACUUCUAUGCAAAAUAACAGCAGUUCAGCCAGGAUUCUUCCCUUUUCCUUCUUGGAAUCUGGAAUUUCUAGCUUUCCAGUAGCAUAAAUAGAAUAAAUAAUACUAGGGUGUUUUCAUGACCGCAUCCUUGUGCUUCUUGACCUUGCUGUCAGCGGCUAGACUAAUCUCCCUUUGCUCUCAAAAGAGCAAAGUGCAUUGAUCUAUACAGAGAAAUGCCUGAAUAGGGCAAAUAAAGUAAUAUAGAUUCAUAGUCUAUUAUUAUAGUCUUUAUACAAAAAAUAACACUUUGGUGUACGCUCGAAGAGCAAUAGAAUGCAAUAAGUCGCCUAGGAUUUUCUUUAUAUCAGUUCAUCUGCCAGAUGCACACGGGUUAUUGGCCAUCGCUCACCCCCUCCUCCUGAACACGUGUGCUCUUUGGAUCCCCGCCAACAGCCUUGCAAACAGAAAUGGUGUGUGUUUCCAAGCACCUUGCCACCAUUGUGGCCAGAACCCACUCGUAGGAUAAUGUGCGAUAAGCAGCCUUCUUGCUGGGACAUUUGUUGGGCAGUUACCUUCCAGAGAGCUGUAGACUUUAGUCGUUCAGGAACACUCAAAACUGACAGUAACACAGGCUUUCACGUGUCAGAAAUUUCACUGAAAAGAUGAAACUUAAACUUGUCCGAUGUCAAAUCAGUGACAGGAAAAUGAAAAUAAAGUUAAUUGUGAAGAUAUUAUUUGAGCUUUGGUUGGACACUUUAGCAUAUGACCAGGAAAUGCUUUUUUAAAAAACCACCCUAAAAAGUAAAGCGUCUUCAGAUACCGUGUAUAUUCUGAAAUUAAUAGACAAUUAAAUGUUUCUUCUUAAGAAAGCCUUAACUAUGGCAGAAACUUUUUAACCUUUUAUAGCCUAAUAAAUAUAAACUUGUAAUUCCAUUUCUUAGUGUUUGAAAGGUGUCCAUGAGUCAGGUGUGUCUCUACGUAGGUCACACCCGUGAGGCUGAUUUAAUGAGGGUCUGUUUCAUAAGUAAUGCUUCCUUACAUGCCAAGGAGCAGAUCUAAUCAAUCUCUCCCGAUUUCUCUAUGUCUGAAAUUCCUCAGCUACCAGAUAUUCUGGUUUAAAGAAAUGCUAGCAAGAUUUCCAUGGUCAGUGUUGUGUGUGGGGAACACAGCAGCAUCUCAGGAAGAUACCAUGUGGGGUCUCCGUGUUGCCCAAGCUGUUUCUUAAUCAUUUUAAACCACAAGCCGUGGUUCUGAGUGCAAGGCAGUAGGAAGCUCCGGGUUUUAUACCCUGUGAGACCAAACCCGUUCAUGGUGUGACCGGUUUUCUACAUCUGGCAGAGGGCCCUGCCUCCUUUGAAAUAGGAUUCACACCGCCCGGAUGAUUGCAUUUGGACUUUUCCUUCAUUCACGUUUUCUAUUCUGCUCUACAGUUUUUACAGCUGCCCUACCACUCCUCUUUUCCAGCAGAUUUCUAAUGUUCUGCGAUUCAGAUUGUUUUGCUACUUUAUACCUGUCUCCGCAUUUCUGCAGGCAGCCCUGAAAACCCUUUGUUGAUUCAGAGGGUUUGCAAAGAAAUGCAGUUAACCUCUGGUAGUGGGGUGUCUCACACACACGCCCACGCCCCUCCCCAAGGUUCAGGAUGAGAAGCUAGAAAACACAACAGUACAAACAGAACCAAAAUCUUGGAGGCUAAUAGCCUCAACCCAGAAGAUGACCUUGACCCUUAACCAUUGUACUCAUUACACAAUAUUUAAACUCUCUUCAUGUGCAUAUAAUAACCUGCUUCUGCUUCCAUUGUUUCGAGCUCAUUGGUCUUUGUGGUAGUUGUAUUUGUCUUUGAUAGCUACAAACUGAAAAGGUACUUUUAUCAACAAGGUUUCUCAAAAACAUUUACAAAACCACCUUUGAGGAAAUCUAGAAUGUUUCCUGGCAACAGCCUUUGGAGUAGUAAUGGUUAUUUUCCCAUUGUGGUGUUGUCUGUGUGAGUAACCAUCGUAGUGACUCUUUGGUUCGUUAUCGGUGUUGUUUUUAUUUUUAGUCUCUGUGUGACCCACCAGUGGCAGGGGCUUCCAAUCCCCUCUCUUUGUUUUUUUUUGCAUUUGUCUGUCUGUAGGAUUGCCAGAUAAAAUACAAGGCACCCAGUUACAUUUGAAUUUUGGAUAAAAAUAGUUUGUUAGCUUAAGUAUGUUUCAUGCAUUAUUUGACAUAUUUUUAUGGUAAAAAAAAAAAAGUUAUCUGAAAUUCAGAUUUAACUCAGCAUCCUGGCUUUUUGCUUUGUUUUAUUUCGUUUUACUAAAUCUGGCAACCCUAUCAAUUUGGUCAUGGGAAAUCGCUCACAGCAUGUAAAUCCUUCUAGUCAUCACGGUCUUCCACGUGGAAUGGAAGACCUUUUUCCCAACGCCUUCUGCUUUCCAAAAGAGGGCGUCAAGGAACUUCACCUGCCUGCGUGGUGGGUUUCUAUUUAAGACAUCUUUAUGAUUAUAUUUAACCUGUAAUUGUGCUUUGGCUAAAUGUCUAACAGUACUUGUAACUGUUUAAUAUUCAAUAAAAACAUUUUUAAAAUA